AUGGUAGCGUCUGUCCCGCUUGCCAUCUGCUUCAGUUCAGGUGCAUGCAGCUUCCUGGGAAGGGAAGGUGGUCACAUGGGAGGUGGUCACAUGGGAGGUGGCGACAGGGAGGUGGUGACCUGGCAUGCUUCUCCUCACCCCCUUCCCAGCAUGCUUCUCCUCACCCCCUUCCCAGCAUGCUUCUCCUCACCCCCUUCCCAGCAUGCUUCUCCCCCUUCCCAGCAUGCUUCUCCUCACCCCCUUCCCAGCAUGCUUCUCCUCACCCCCUUCCCAGCAUGCUUCUCCUCACCCCCUUCCCAGCAUGCUUCUCCUCACCCCCUUCCCAGCAUGCUUCUCCUCACCCCCUUCCCAGCAUGCUUCUCCUCACCCCCUUCCCAGCAUGCUUCUCCUCACCCCCUUCCCAGCAUGCUUCUCCUCACCCCCUUCCCAGCAUGCUUCCCGCCAACUGUCCUUCCAACCUCCUCCUCCUCACUUGCAUCACUCUCCUUAGACCCGCCCUACUCUCCUGCUACCUACACUCCUCUCCUCAACAAAACCUUUCACCUCAUCCUUUCUUUUUCCCCCUCUUCCCCCCUCCCUCUCCCCCUCCUCCAGCUCUCACUGACUUUGCCCAAUCCGCCUUCCCCUCCCAUCCCUCGCUCACACGAAGCUACAAGGAAGCACCUGUCCGUGAAGCUACAAGGAAGCACCUGUCCGUGA